GCGCCGACGAGCCGAGCACGGCCUCACUCGGCUGCGGGCUACGGUCGGAGCACCAAGGAGGCUCGAGCUCUGCCGAGGGGCCUGCCGGCAGCGGGGAAGGCCGGAGCCGCGGGCGUGGGUACCGCGCAGGCGCAGUCAGCCGGCUCCGGAGCGCGCGGCGGCGGUGGGCGGGCAGCAGGAUGGGCCUCUCCGCCGCCGCCCCGCUGUGGGGUUCCCCGGGGCUGCUGCUUACCAUCGCCCUGCACCCGGCGCUGUCCGCGCGCCCCGCCAAGCCCUGGGCGCCCUCGCACCGGGACUACUGCGUCCUGGGCGCUGGGCCCGCGGGCUUGCAGAUGGCCUACUUCCUGCAGCGGGCUGGGCGCGACUACGCGGUGUUCGAACGCGCAGCGGGCCCUGGCAGCUUCUUCAUGCGCUACCCCCGGCACCAUAAGCUCAUCAGCAUCAACAAGCGGUUCACCGGCAAGCUCAAUGCCGAGUUCAACCUCCGCCACGACUGGAACUCUCUGCUCAGCCACGACCCCCGGCUGCUCUUCAGACACUACUCGCGGGCCUAUUUCCCCCAUGCCCGCGACAUGGUGCGCUACCUGGGCGACUUCACAGACAGGCUGGGGCUGCACGUGCUGUACAACACCACCAUUACCCACGUCACUCUGGACAGAGAUCAACAGGCCUGGAAUGGCCACUACUUUAUCCUGACUGACCAGAAGGGCCAGGCUUACCAGUGCAGCGUCCUUCUUGUAGCCACUGGUUUGUCAGUCCCCAACCAAGUUAACUUCCCUGGCUCUGAGUAUGUGGAGGGUUAUGAGUCUGUGUCCGUGGACCCUGAGGACUUUGUGGGUCAGAAUGUGCUGAUCCUGGGCCGUGGGAACUCAGCUUUUGAGACAGCAGAGAACAUCUUGGGUGUCACAAACUUCGUCCACAUGCUGAGCCGCUCCCGGGUCCGGCUGUCCUGGGCCACCCACUACGUUGGAGACCUCAGGGCCAUUAACAAUGGCCUGCUGGACACCUACCAGCUGAAGUCCCUGGACGGGCUGCUCGAGUCUGACCUAAAAGAUCUGGCCAUCCUGAAGGACCAUGAAGGCAAGUUUCGUGUCACUUUGAAAUUCUUCCUGGAGGAAAACAACACCAGCCAGAGUGCCGACUCCAUCACCCUCCCCCAGGACAACAGUGACAACUUUGCCAUGCGUGUGGCCUAUGACCGGGUUAUCCGCUGCCUGGGCUGGAACUUUGACUUCUCCAUUUUCAAUAAGUCUCUCAGACUCAACUCAGGGAAUCCACUGGACAUGAAAUACCCACUUAUACGAGCUAACUACGAGUCCAGAGGAAGCCGGGGUCUCUUUAUCCUUGGUACCGCCAGUCACUCAGUGGACUAUAGGAAAUCUGCCGGAGGCUUCAUCCACGGAUUCCGAUACACAGUGCGAGCUGUCCACCGGCUCCUGGAGCACCGCCACCAUGGCAUCACCUGGCCCUCCACCGAGCACCCCAUCACACAGCUGACCAACUCUAUUAUCCGGCGUGUGAACGAGGCUUCUGGGCUCUACCAGAUGUUUGGUGUACUGGGGGAUGUCAUCCUGCUAAAGGAGAACGCCAUGGCGUUCGAGUACCUGGAGGAACUGCCCAUGCUCACGCUGCCCCAGUUGGAGACCCUCACCGGGAGGAAGGCAGAGCACGGGCUCUUCGUCAUCAACAUGGAAUAUGGCAAAAAUUUCUCUGGACCCGACAAGGACGUCUUUUUUUAUGACCGGUCUGUGGGGCACACAGAAGAUGCCUGGCAGUCUAACUUCCUCCACCCUGUCAUCUACUACUACAGACAGCUCCCCACCGAAGAGGAGGUAAGAUACCGCCCCCCACACUGGCCACUGCCUCGGCCCACGGCCAUCCACCACAUUGUGGAGGACUUCUUGACAGACUGGACCGCCCCAGUUGGGCACAUUCUACCUCUGAGGCGCUUCCUGGAGAACUGCUUGGACACUGAUUUAAGAAGCUUCUAUGCAGAAUCCUGUUUCCUGUUCACCCUGACACGCCAGAAGCUGCCACCCUUUUGCCAAGAAGGGUACCUGAAAAUGCAGGGGCUUGCAAGUACAGAGAGCCUUCGGCAGCAUGGAGUGGACAGCCGACUCCUCCGGGACUAUGCGGCCUUGGGCAGGCACAUGAAAGACAGCAGCCAGAAGCCUGGCCACCAUGGGCCAGUAGGUGCCCCUCUGGCUCCAGGGUCUCCAGUCCAGUCCCUCAACAGCAAUAAGGAGGAGCUCUAACUGUCUCCUGCCAGGCUGUGGGCACAGUGGCCACCCAGCACAUAAUCCCUUCUCUUUCCCAGGACCUCAUGCUCCCACUAAUGUAUGAUCACCAAAGACUGCUCAGACCAUCGCAGUGACUGCAACCAUAGCACAGAUGGUGGGGCUGAAUGUGGUAUGCAGGGGUCUUCUCCCUUGUCUUCUGGUCCCUGGGUGGCACCCAGCAGUCAGGGUAGCAGAAGGGCAUCCCUCCCACCUGUGAGCUGCCUUUCAUAGCCAGGCUUGUCCCCAGCGCCACUGUCACUGAGCACCAGGCUGGCCUCAGUUCUCUCAUCUCAAGUGCCCAUCUGCUCCUCCUCCUAAACUGCUCGGCACAUGGGCCUGGAUCCCACCCACAGGGUGUCUCACAGGUGAAACCCAUCCUCAUCUUCAGAAGGUUCUGUGGCAAGCACUUUAGAGCAAGCUCUAAUUUCCUCAACAGCCAUAACAAGCAGGUGGGACUGUGGCCCCCAGAAUAUUGAAGACACCAGCUCAGAGAUGUCGGGUAACUUGGUCCCCACAGCCGGAAGCCCCACCUGUGUCACAGUCUUGCCCCUGCUAUUUUACCCACCCCUGCCCCAUUUUCUGCAGGGUUUGGACUUAGCUAUGGAUUGGAUCCCAGCCUAUCACCACAGGCCCAGGGGACUGUCUUCAGGCAGAGAUAGGACAGCUCCUGCCAAGCCAUCUUAUCUGAGUUGCUCCCUCCUGCAGAUGGCACUCCCGGACUAAUCUUCAGCGCUUGUCUUCUAGUCCUGCCUCUUACCUUCCCUGCCCUCUGCUGUCCUGAACUAUGCCUUGCUCCCCACAUACCCAGUCAAGUUUUAUAAACUGCCUGCUGUCUUUCUGCUGCAAGCACUCCUGUGUGCAAGGAGACAUUCAUAAAUGCCUCCUGGCUCCCUUAGCUGGUCAAGCUUCUCAUUUUCCUUCCUUACCAGGAGUCUGCACUCCCCAUGAUUCAUAAGCAAGUAAGCCAUGGGAAAGCUUUUGUGCCUAAGAGAAUCAUGGUAGUUUUUCAAAGCCCAGGAUCACAGGUGAUUGCUUUCUCACUGAUCCCCACUAGAUCUUCACGGAUCUGCUCAGAAUUCCAGGGACAGGGGUUUUCUGGAUCCAAAGCCCUUUCCUGGGAACAUCACUCUUGGCUAGAUCCAAACUCCCAUAACCAUGUGGCCCUGCUGUCCCUUUGCAGAUGGCUCCCUAGAAAAUAAGCCUUAGGCUGCACCAUUGCACUGCAGAUGCUUAUUUUUUAAAUAUAGUGAAUAUGAUGACUGGGUAAAGAUUUGUCAGACUGCAAGCUUUAAAAAAGCAUUUAAUUCAAUCUGGCAUCGCAGACAGAAUGUUAAUCUGCUACAAAGUGAGGUUGAUGGGCAAAUAUAUGAGACACUUCCGCCCAUGUAUUUAAUCCAAGUACAUCACGUGACCAAUUCAUCAACACUGAAAAAAUAGCAUGCAACAGAUGUAGUUAAGCAGGAAAGAAAGGAACAACAGGCUACCCUGUCUCGCUCCUUUCCUGACUAUAAAUAAGACUGGUUUACCCACCCUUCUGGAGAAAGCCCCAAGCUAAGUGCUCACUGCAAAAUCUUUAAAAAGUCUGUCACCUGAUUUUUCAUUCUUGGAGGUGUUACCAUCUCAAACCAGUCUCUGGAGUUAUUUGAAAUCAUUAGAAAGUAAUCAGAUGCAGAAAAGCCCUACCAGGCUCGGUGCCCAUAGCUUAAUGGUUAGGGCGUAGGCCACAUACACUGAGGCUGGCGGGUUCCAACCCAGCCUGGGCCUGCUAAACAACAACAAUGACAACUGCAAGGAAAAAAAAAAAGUCGGGUGUUCUGGUGGGCACCUGUAGUCCCAGCUACUCAGGAGGCUGAGACAAGAGAAUCGCUUAAGCCCAAGAGUUGGAGAUUGCUGUGAGCUGUGAUACCACAGCACUCUCCAGAGGGCAACAUAAUGAGACCCUGUCUUAAAUAAAUAGAUAAAAUAAUUAAAAUUAAAUAAAUAAAUAAUAAGCCCUACCAACAGGAAAAAGAAAAUGACAGUGAAAUGUCUUGAAUGUUCAGUGUGUUAUAGCCAGUUGUUGGAGUUUAGAAAUAAAGCAACUAUAAAAAUAAAUGAGAAAAUCCCCUUAACACCAGCCAGGUCUAAGUUUUAAAUAAUUCUUAUCGG